AUGGAUCUUUUGCGAUCAGAACCUAUGCAACUUGUUCAAUUGAUCAUUCCAAUUGAAUCAGCUCAGCGAUCCAUCUCUUACCUUGGCGAUCUCGGCCUUUUUCAAUUCAAAGAUCUUAAUGAAGAUAAAAGCCCAUUCCAACAGACCUACGCUUCACAGGUUAAAAGAUGUGGGGAAAUGUCGCGUAAGUUGCGUUUAUUUAAGGAGCAAAUGAAAAAGGCAAAUAUAUCUCCGUCAACAUGGUCAACAAGAGAUGGUUCUAUUGAUCUAGAAAAAUUGGAGGUUAAACUAGCAGAACUUGAAGCCGAGCUAAUUGAGAUUAAUUCAAACAAUGAGAAGUUGCAGCACACUUAUAAUGAACUUAUAGAGUACAAGCUUGUUUUAGAGAAGGUUGGGGAGUUUUUCUCUUCGGCACAAAUUAGUGCAGCAACUCGCCAGAGAGAGCUUGAAGUUCAACAACCAUCUGUUGAAGGGUCUAUUGACUGUCCAUUAUUAAUGGAACAAGAGACGACAGCAUAUCCAGUAAAGCAGAUAAAAUUGGGGUUUAUAACCGGUCUUGUUACUAGGGAAAAAUCAAUUCCUUUUGAAAGAAUUCUAUUUCGUGCUACUAGAGGAAAUGUUUUUCUGAAGCAGGCUGUGGUUGAACAUCAUGUUCUAGAUCCUUUGUCGGGAGAGAAGGUUCAUAAAAAUGUAUUUAUUAUAUUUUACUCGGGAGAGAGAGUUAAAAGUAAAAUUAACAAAAUUUGUGAUGCUUUUGGAGCAAAUCGUUAUCCCUUCUCGGAUGACUUGAGUAAACAAUUUGAGAUGAUGACAGAGGUUUCGGAAAGAGUUGUAGAAUUAAAGACAACCAUUGAUGUAGGUUUGCUUCAUCGAAGCAAUUUGUUGCAAACAAUUGGAUAUAAAUUUGAGCAGUGGAAUCUUCUGUUGCAAAAGGAAAAGUCCAUUUAUCACAUUCUAAAUAUGCUAAACAUUAAUGUGACAAAGAAAUGUCUCCUUGCAGAAGGCUGGUGCCCUGUUUUUGCAACAAGCCAGAUUCAAAAAACAUUGAUGCGAGCAACUAUGGACUGUAACUCUCAAGUAGAGGCAAUAGUUCAGGUUUUGCAGACAAAUGAGUUACCACCCACCUAUUUUUGCACUAACAUUUUUACUUCUUCUUUUCAAGAAAUUAUAGACGCAUAUGGAAUUGCCAAGUACCAGGAAGCAAAUCCUGGUGUGUACACAAUCAUCACGUUUCCUUUCCUUUUCGCUGUAAUGUUUGGUGAUUGGGGUCAUGGCAUAUGCUUAUUAUUGGCAACUUUGUAUUUCAUAAUCAAUGAAAAAAAGUUUUAUUGUCAGAAACUUGGAGACAUAUUAGAAAUGGUUUUUGGGGGGAGAUAUAUUAUUAUGAUGAUGGCACUUUUCUCAAUCUACACUGGGUUAAUAUAUAAUGAAUUCUUCUCCAUUCCGUUUGAACUAUUUGGACAAUCUGCCUAUGGAUGUCGCGAUCCUACAUGCAGGGAUGCUACUACAAUAGGUUUGGUAAAAGUGCGCGACACUUAUCCAUUUGGCGUAGAUCCUAAAUGGCAUGGUACACGGAGUGAACUUCCAUUUCUUAACUCUCUAAAAAUGAAGAUGUCAAUUCUACUUGGAGUAUCCCAAAUGAAUCUUGGAAUCAUUCUGAGUUACUAUAAUGCCAAAUACUUUGAAAACAACAUAAACAUAUGGCACCAAUUUGUUCCCCAAAUUAUAUUCCUGAACAGCCUAUUUGGCUAUCUUUCACUCCUCAUAAUUGUAAAAUGGUGCACUGGAUCACAGGCUGAUUUGUAUCAUGUAAUGAUAUACAUGUUUCUAAGUCCAACAGAUGAUUUGGGUGAAAACCAGCUCUUUGUUGGCCAAAAGUUAUUACAAGUUAUAUUACUAUUGUUGGCACUCGUUUCAGUACCAUGGAUGUUAUUACCAAAGCCCUUUCUCUUGAAGAAACAACAUCAAGAAAGGCAUAAAAGUCAAUCCUACUCUUUGAUCUACAACGUGGAUGAUCCUCUUGAAUCAAAGUCACAUGGUAUUCACAAAAACCACCAGGAGUUUGAUUUCAGCGAGGUUUUUGUGCACCAACUUAUACAUACAAUAGAAUUUGUGCUUGGAGCUGUGUCUAAUACAGCUUCAUAUCUUCGUUUAUGGGCCCUCAGUUUAGCUCAUUCAGAGUUGUCAAGCGUUUUCUACGACAAAGUUUUGCUUCUCACAUGGGGGUAUAACAACAUCAUUGUUCUCAUUGUUGGCAUUAUUGUUUUUAUAUGUGCAACCGUUGGUGUCUUACUAGUAAUGGAAAGUUUAAGUGCGUUCUUGCAUGCUUUGAGACUUCAUUGGGUAGAGUUUCAGAACAAGUUUUAUGAGGGAGAUGGAUACAAGUUCAACCCAUUUUCAUUUACAUCCCUUAAUGACGAGGAUGGACUGUAGUUGCUAAAUACCACAUGAUUUAUAGACGAAAAUAGCAAUUUUAACUCU